CCAUGUCGGAUGAAUAUAAAACUGAUAUCUUUGGAUAUAAAUGGAGGAAGUAUAGUUAUUUUGAUGAACCCGAUGGUGAAGAGAUACUAAAAAAGUGGUUAAUUUUUAUGAAACCAGCCGUUGUAACUACUAUAAUGGUAUCGGCAACAGAUAUCUUAACAUCAAAAAAAUCUUUAACGUAUACUCAAGUAUUUAGACGUAUUGGACAUCUAGCAACGCCUAUCAUCGGUGGGGCAACCGCUUUUGUACUUGUCACAAAUUUAGCGGCUAAAGUUCGCGGUGGAGGUGAUAAAACAUCCUGGUUUCUUGGAGGUGCUUCUGCCGGAUUACUUUUUGGAACUUGGUGGGGUACCGGGGUUGCAGCAAUUUCAUCUACUGCUGCGUUAGGUUUAGCUUGUCUUAUUCGAAAAGAUUUAUUGGAAAGAGGAUGGGAUCUAUUACCUGGAAUACCAGUUCGAGCAUACGGUGGUUAUUUUGCAUAUAGACACGAUUGGACAUUAACCAAACAUAUACCUGGCAAUUACGUAACAACACCACCCGAAGAAUAAGUUUAUUUAAUUAAAUAAUCAAUUUUAUAUUUUUAAUUAACUUAUUUUAACACAUGUCAAUGUCAGAUUUAAUAAAGUCGUUCGA